AUGUCUCGCCGACCUCCCCCCGACGAUGUCUAUGAAAAAGACAAUUUCUACGAAGAAGUCGACCGCAGGCGACGUAGCAAAGACGACCGCUACUUCGAUCCCGACUUUGGUGUCCGACGACGUCGCUUGACACGCUCUCCACCUGCAGUCCGCGAAAUCGAUGAACGAGUCCGGGUCCGCCGUCGCGACAGUUCUGCGCCUGAUUUCAUUCGUGAUCGUGAUCGUGACCGGUUCCUACCUCCACGAGAUGAGGACGUUAUCUCCCCGCGACGUCGUGAGAGAGAGCGUCUGGACGAUUUGAGGUUACAACGAGAGACGGAAGAGCUUUACAUCCGACGUGGGACGCCGCCAAUAUCUCGCCAUCGGCCAAGGAGAGUUUCGAGGGACGAAGUCAUACUUGAUGAAGGCGAUGAGAUUGAUGAUUAUCGAAGGAAGCCACGAGAGAAAGAGAAGAUAAUCUUCGAGGAGCGAAGGGAGUCUUCGCGCCCUCCUCGUGAGGAAGAUGAGCGCGACGAAGUUGUUAUUCGCCGGCGCGAUCGAUCAUUGCCACCUCGCCGAAUGAGAGAAGAUGAGGAGGAUAUCAUUAUCGAAAAGGACAAGAAGCGCAUUAACGCGCGUGAGGAACUUGACGACGAAAAGAUUGUUUUCCGCCAUCGUGAUCGUCCACGACGUGAAGACGAUUUUGACCGCGAAAGAAUCGCCCGGCAUAGGCGCUCGAUGCCGCCACUUGAAGACUUUCGAGCUGAAGAAGAGGAGGUUGUUAUUCGUCACAAGCAUGAUUCUCCAGGUCCCCGUCGUCGACAUCGUCAUCGGGAUGAGAGACAUCUACCAGAUGAAGAUGAGCGAGAGGAAAUUAUCAUCCGAGAGCGAGAGCGAGAUCGACGGAAGCAAGAAGAAAUCGAAAUUCGCCGAGAGGAAAGGUCUCCUCCUGGACGACGACGAGAUGACGAUAUUGAUGAUAUUCUCAUUCGUCGCCGGAGUCGCUCUAUUCCACCAUUAAGGGAUGACGAUCGGGACGAAAUUAUAAUAAAGCGUAAAAACCGGUCGUCGCCGCGGAGGGAAAAUGAUCGCGAAGAAGUCAUCAUACGCGAGCGAGAUCGCUCCGCUCCACGAAGAGACGACGAUCUGGAUGAGAUUCGUAUCAAGCACAAAGAUCGAUCAUCGCCUCGACGCGAAGACAACCGUGAAGAAAUAGUCAUUCGCGAUCGCUCCGCUCCACGGAGAGAAGAGGAUGACCGGGAGGAGAUACGAGUCCGUCACCGUCAUCAUUCUUCGCACCACAGAGAUGAUGAUUUGGAUGAUGUAGUAAUCCGACGGCGAUCAGCCCCUGCACUUGACGAUGAUGAUGAUCGCGAAGAAGUCGUUAUACGGAAGAACAAGCGCGGAAGAAGAAAGUCAAUUAGUCGUGACAUUGAGGAAGAUGAGCUCAUUGUGGAUGAUGAUGACCGAGGGAGAGAUCGUAUUGAGUUCCGCCAUGUUCAUAGUCCACAUCGCAGCCCGCGUCGUUCUCCUUCCCAAAACAGAGGAAAAGAAGAGAUCAUAAUCAGAGAAAAUGACAAACGAAAACCAAAUGAAGCAAGCAGGGAAGUUAUUAUACGUAAAGAGGAAUCAUCGUCUUCAGAGUCAUCACGUGAACCCUCUAUUGUUCGCAAGCCGCCCAUUCUUCAGGAAGUCAUUACCCAUCAUCGCCAUAUUGAUAGCUACGAGGUCAUUCCACCAGUGCGACGAGACAGUCCUGAAGCGGAAUCAGUUUCUGACGAAGUGGACGUAAUCGAUAUAAAGCGAAGAGGCGACAAACACGGGCGGCCGUAUGAAGAAGAGAUUAUCAUCGACAAGGGAAAAGAAAGAAGCCUAUCUCCGCGCGGACGGCCUCCAAUUUCCGAGCCCGAGAAUGAGUUAAUCAUCACACGCACCAAAUCCGGCGAUCAUGGAGUCGAGAAAGAAAUCGAAAUCCGAGAACGAGAGCGCGACAAAGAAAUCAGAGAUCUGGAGCUUGAGAGGGAAAUAAUUAUCCGCGAGCGAGAACGCAGAGAAGAAAUAGAGUCAAUUCCCGAGGCUAAGGAGGGAGUCCGCGUCCAUAAACGAUAUACCGACACCAGAAGGAAACGCGAUAAACUAUGGACUGAAAUUUCGAAAGAUCUCGUUGUCCGAGAAGCGCUGGAGCGGGCGGGAUACGAAUUUGACGAAACGGAGAAUUUCUACUACGUAUUUGACUACCUUCGCUAUGACGACGUCGAAAGGCUCGUCGACAUGAGCGAGGAUAUACGUCAGUUCCGCCGCGAACGAAUCCGAGGCAUGCGGCGUGAGCGCGAGAGACUUCCGCCGCUGCCCGUGAUUCCUGGUCCACCUCCUAUUCCAGCACGGCCGCCAUUGAUGUUAGAAAGGGCGCCGUUUCGGGAGCCUUAUCCUUGGGAAGAGCGCGAGCGGUAUCGUGAGCGAGAUGUAAUUAUUGAAGAGGGGCGACGGCCGAGACGAUAUCGAGAGAUUUAA